AUGUCUUGGCAGUCCGCAGCUCGGGGGGGCUUCCUCCGCACCCUGCACCGCGGUGCUCUCUCUCCUCGUACUGGCGUGAGCGACUUGCAGAAUCAGCUUGGUCGCAUCUGUCUGGCAGCUCACCGUGGUCCGACACCUUCACAAUUCCAAUCUCUGUUCCAAUCUAACUCAUUCGCGACUAUCUCAACCCCUCUCAAGACGAGCAAGACACCCAAAGCGAAUGGGUCUAGAAGGGCCGAUAAAAAAACGAAGAAGGAUGCCCUCAGCGAGGAAGAACAGGAAAAAAGGAAGAUCAAGGAACUUCGGGCUCAGAUAAAAGAGCUCAAGGCGACUGCCCUGAUCACGCGGCCCAAAAAGCUGCCCACUUCUGCCUACACUCUAGCUUUCAUUGAGAAGAUGCGCGAGAUCAAAGGUCAAUACCCGGCUAAGGAAGGAUUCUUAAUUGGUGUGGCGCAUGCGAAAUCCCUUGAUCCUCAAGAUGAGGAGAGACUCCAAGCUCAGGCCAGAGCGAACAUAGCCGCUAACGCCGCUGCCUACGACGCGUGGGUCAAGUCACACACACCUCGCCAGAUCAGGGAUGCCAACACUGCCCGCCUAACUCUUUCACGAAUUGGCGACAAGAACUAUGCUUCCAUCAAAGAUGACCGCUUGCCCAAAAUACCCAACUCCGCAUACAUUAUAUUCGUGAAGGACCGUGUCGAUACCUUUGGCUACCAGGGAAAGCCUGGCACAGAGACUUUUGGAGCCAUUUCAGAUGAAUGGAAUAAACUACCCCAAUCGGAGAAAGAUCGCUACCACAAGUUGCAAGUCGAAGAUCGCCAACGGUAUGAGAGAGAGCACGAGGAGGUGUACGGAGUCCCAGCACCCAAGAGCGCUCUGUAUAAAUCACCGGAAGACUACAAUUGA